AUGGGGAAUUCGAAGAGCAGGAAAAUGAAAAUAAGCCAAGCGGACACCAAUACAGAAGAAUCUCGUGAGCGAAUUAAUACUAUUAAAACUGAAUCUCCAGAUGUGAGUGUUCAGAAAAAUGGCGUGGAAGUGGCGUCAGAACAAACCGAGGAGAAGAACAACGAUAAUGCGAGCAGUGCUUCCACCGUCGAAGUGUUGGACGAUAAAUGA